UCUGUUGUUUGUAGUAUAAUUCUCCUGUGGCAUUUGUAUUUUCUAUUUCUUACAUCAGGUACUGAGACCAACAUUGACAGUGAGUCCACAUCAACACAAGGAGUUUCUGAAGAAAGAGACAUGAUGAUGUCAUGUGGGCUGAAGAAGAAUGUCCCUAAGAGAACUGACUUCCCAGAAACACGUGAAGUGGAGAAGCACCAGAAAAUCCCCACGGUGAAAAAUAUUCAAGGAAGGAUACCAGGAAUCCACUAUGCAAUGAAACCUUUCAGAUGUGAGGAAUGUGGAAAAUGCUUCAGCUACUUUUCUCACUAUGUUAGACACCAGAGAAUGCACACUGGGGAGAAACCCUUUGAAUGUAAUGAGUGUGGAAAAGCCUUUAGUGGCCAUUCUUCAUUAAUUCGGCACCAGAGGAUCCACACUGGAGAGAAACCCUAUCAGUGUGAGGAGUGUGGGAGAGCCUUUAAUGACAAUGCAAAUCUGAUCAGGCAUCGGAGAAUCCACAGUAGGGACAGACCCUAUCACUGUGCAGAGUGUGGAAACAGUUUCACCAGUAGUUCUGAGUUUGUUAUACAUCAGAGAAUCCACAGUGGGGAGAAACCUUAUGAGUGUAACGAGUGUGCAAAAGCUUUUGUUUCACCACUAAUUCGGCUUCAGAAAAUCCACACUGGAGAGAAACCCUAUGAGUGUAAUGAGUGUGGCAAAAGCUUUGGAAAGACUUCCCAUCUUAGCCAACAUCAGCAUAUUCACACGGGGGAAAAGCCUUAUUCUUGUAAAGUAUGUGGACAAGCCUUCAAUUUUCACACAAAACUAACUUGGCACCAGAGGAUUCACAGCGAGGAGAAACCAUUUGACUGUGUAGAUUGUGGAAAAGCCUUCAGGACUCGAGAACAAUUAAAAAGGCAUCUAAGAAUUCAUAUUCAAGAGUCUUCCUAUAUAUGUGAUGAGUGUGGAAAAGUCUUCACUAGCAAAAGAAAUCUUCUUCAGCAUCAAAGAAUCCAUACUGGAGAGAAAUCCUAUGAGUGUAGCAAGUAUGCAAAAGCCUUUCAGACUUCUUCCCAGCUAGGUCAUCUUGAGCACGUCCACUCUGGAGAGAAGCCUAUGCUGGACAUUGGUCGUUUUGGCCUCCCAGAAUUUUUUACUCCUUUUUACUGGUAAUAGUGCGCUUAGUUUCUUUUUAGAUUCUGUCUUCCACUCAGGAGUAGAACGCAUGACACAGAUCAGGCUCAGCCUUACAUCAUUUCCUUAAGCCAUAGUUAUUGGUUCAGAUGUUGGUAGGUGACCCAGGGUGGUCCAGUAAGAGUCCAAGGACUUGGCAAGAACAAGAGGUAAUAGGAAGAAAUACUCUUUUUCUUUUUUGUUCCAUUGGUUUUAAAGCUGAGAAGACCACCUAGAUUUUCACAGAGGCUGAGAAUAAAGUCAGCACAGCAAAAGAUAUCUGAGAGUUGAAGAGCAAUCAAAUGUUGAAGAUAUUGUUUGAACAGUCACAUUAAACCAUGUGUGAAGCUAGAAAUACAUGUGAGUUUUUGGAUUUCAGUAGCCAAUAAAUUCCACUUUUGUUUUUU